UUUCAACCAGCAGAAACCAGUGACUGCGGAUCCACAUGUUUUUGAAGCCACCUCAGCAGCGGAUGAAGACUUGCCCGGAAGCCCCGCGUACAGUAAGCCAGAACUGCGAGUGCGUGCGUGAUGCACUUCCGGGUUCAGGCUGGCAAGCGACACCGUCGCAAUUGAAGUUUUCGAAUGCCACCAAGCAAUAAUCGACGCCCCCCCAGCCUUCCUGCCGAGCUGUAGCACUCUAAUCAAACCCAAUGCGGCCAAAUGGAUAUGAGCUGAUCAAAUUGCCCAUGGCUAACAACAUACCCAAUUGGUCGUCCCUGUGAAGAUCGAUCUCUGCCCGGUAGGAGAAAUGUCGCUGGCCAAGCGGCCCUUUGCCGAGGUGGACGACAAUGGGGAUCACCGGCAGGAGACUUUACGGCAGCGCCCAACCCCGCCUCAGCCAUCUCCCGAUCGCCGGGGCCGGUGGUCCGCCGAUUCGGACGACUUCCCAGACACUCUAUCGCCAUGGCAGGUCGACGAGACGCCGCCGCAAGCCUUUGAGGCUGAUGCCUCGAUUGUGCUAGUCGGUAUCCGAGGCGCCGGCAAGUCAACUCUUGCAAUUAUCGCCUCCACCGCCAUGAACCGACGUGUUGUCGAUUGCGAAAAGGCAUUUCAACAAGCGACGAACUUUUCCAGUUCCGUCUUCAAAAGACUGUAUGGGCCACUUGAGUGUCGGAGGCGACAAACAGAUGUGUUGCGCGACACACUAGCGAACAGCUGCAAGGGAUGCAUCAUUGUGUGCUCGUGGAUGGAGAAGAAUAUCCGUCGUCUACUCCAGGAUUUCUGCCGCACAAAUCCCGUGGUGCACAUCCUCCGUGAGAGCGAUGUCGUCCAGAGACAUCUGAAAAUCGAGGACGAAGCCAAGGCCAGCAACCUCAUAGCCUUGAGCACUUCUUUGUUUCGUGGGUCCAGCAACUUUGAGUUCUUCAAUUUGUCCGAGAACCUCUCUCGACAUGUUGAUACCCAGACGGACACCACCAUCAGCAAACCACGAAGUCCUGCGCCAUACCUCGCGCUGAAGAGAGCAGAAAGGCACUUUCUCAAGUUCUUGACUCUGAUAAUGCCUGCUGGAAGCAUACCAUUUAUCGAAUCUGCCUUUCCUCUGGCUUCCGUUCCUACGCAUGAAAGAAAGUUUACAUAUGCGUUGUCUGUCACACUGUCAAGCCUCUUGGCUCGUGAGAUAGAUACCGAGGAGAUGGAAAUAGGAGCAGAUGCCAUCGAGAUUGUCGUCGACGACCUGGUCUGCGGCCCAGGCGAAGUGGGUUCAUUGACUCCGGAGAGAGCAGCACUCAUCACCAACGUCCUUGGAUCUAUCCGGCGUAACACCGUCAUACCAUUGAUUUAUCACGUGUUGAGGCCGGAGAAUGGUCCAUCACGGCCAUUUUCGAGCAAUCCACAGACCAUAUACGUGGACUAUGUUCUACACGGUUUGAGACUUGCUCCCGAGUUUGUCACGGUCGACUUGCAGCUCAACGAAAGCGUCUUUAAGCAGGUGGCAUCCUUGAGGCGGAAUUCCAGGGUCAUUGCUCAUUGCGCCCCUAUGCCGGCUUUCCCAUGGGACAGUCCGGACUGGCUCCGGUAUUAUGAGAAAGCUAGGAAAUUCGACUGCGACAUGGUUCGACUCGUCAAGCCUGCGUAUGAUAUGCAGGACAACUUUGACGUGCAGCGCUGCAGAGCAUCUGCUGAUCUCCUUGGAGAGCCACGUAUACCGAUUAUUGCUUACAACACGGGCCGCCUGGGCCGACACUCGGCAUGCUUCAAUCCUAUCUUGUCUCCAAUCACCACUGCGGCCGGCUCCGGGGAUUUUACGAGGUUGGAGUCUUCUUAUCAUCCUCAGCUGACAGCCAUUGACGGGAUCAAGGCCUUGUAUUCAUCUUUUGUCUACGAUCCCAUGAAGCUUUAUGUUUUUGGCGCAAACGUAUCGUACAGUUUAUCGCCAACAAUGCACAAUGCCGCUCUAGCAGCCUAUGGAAUCCAGCAUGUGUACAGACCAUAUUCGACUCCAACCCUCGGCGGUCUCAAAGGUCUUGUGGAUGACCCUUUCUUUGCGGGAGCUUCCGUUGGUCUGCCGUUCAAGGUUGAAAUAAUCACCAUCACCGACAGCCUGAGCAGACACGCUCGCGCAAUAGGGGCAUGCAACACCCUCAUCCCUAUUCGACACUUGAACUCUGACGGCAGCGUGCCAGAUGAUUCAACUCUUUUGUUCAACAGUCGGAACAGAGCCGGGCCCAUAAAAGCCCUUUACGGCGAGAAUACAGACUGGAUCGGGAUCAGGGCCUGUAUUCGUCGAGGCCUAUCUCCCGCCAAUGCAGUCCGUCCUGCAAGCUGCGGUCUCGUCAUCGGAGCCGGUGGCAUGGCUCGGGCAGCAGUUUAUGCCAUGCUUCAGCUUGGAGUCAAGAACAUCGUCAUAUAUAAUCGCACAGUCGCCAAUGCCGAGAAACUUGCCCGCCAUUUCCGCCACCUGCUAUCCAAGGGCGACCUGCCCCAGCUCGAUAACAACAGCACGGUGAACAUUUCACACUCUAGUCGAUCAAGCGGCACAUCAUCACCGGCGAGCACCCCGCGAUGUUCAGAUGCAAGAUUUCACAUUGUUCGUUCGCUAGAUGAUGCAGCUAGCCAAGAAUGGCCACCAGGCUUCACCUUACCCACCAUGAUUGUAUCAUGUAUCCCAACGCACGAGGUAAACAAUACACCUCCUCCCAACUACACUCUCCCACCGGCGUGGCUAGCCAGCCCUACGGGAGGGGUUUUCUUUGAGCUCGAGUACAAGACGCUCGACUCGCCGCUUCAUGCGCAGUUCCGACGCGAAGCACACAGGGGAUGGGUAGUCAUGGAUGGAUUGGAUUUACUUCCAGAGCAGGGCUUUGCACAGUUUGAGCUAUUUACAGGUCGGAGGGCCCCGAGAAGAUUAAUGAGGAGGGUUGCGCUGCGGGCAUGGAGCGACGAGCUCGGGAGAUCGGGGCCUCUACAGCUGGAGCCCAGGCUGAGGAACAUUGUAGAGCAGGAGCCUUGACGGUCUGCUCUUGUCAUUAGGGCUCAUAGCGAUAGUAUACCCAUUUACGAGUGUUUGAGGAUUUGUUUGUUUUUAGGCUUAGGUUUACGGAGAAUUUCAGCACGACUAAGCUUCGAUUGACUCAAUGAAUUGAGUGUAAUGCCA